UGGAAGACAGACGCGAAUAAAACGGCGACAUCGAAAUAAUAGAAUCCAGACAGCGACCUGCUUUAAAACACCUGUAGCGCAAAUCCUGCUUCCAAAAAUGGCAGUCGUGCUGAAACCGUGGAGCGUCCUCGUCGCCCUUGUCCUGUGCUUGUUGGUGUGUCUGGGCACCUUCGUCGACGCCUACCCGCCCAAACCGGAGAACCCAGGAGAGGACGCUUCUCCCGAGGAGCAGGCGAAAUACUUCACCGCGCUCAGACACUACAUCAACCUCAUCACAAGGCAGAGGUACGGCAAGAGGGCCAGCCCUGAAGGAGUGAUGUCAGAGCUGCUGUUUGGAGACAACUCAGAGCACAACCAGAGGUCAAGAUAUGACGACUCUUACAUGUGGUGAUCCCCACCCUGACCCACUGACCCCCCGACCCAACACUGACCCCUGUGCUGAGGGAGUCCGCAGGUCGCCCUGGCAACGGCCCCCCAAAAUGACCACCUCCGGACCAAGGCCUGCCACUCCACGCAUGCGCCCCCCCCUCCUUCGCCCAUCCCUCUCUCCUGCCUUCUCUCCAAUCGCUCUGCUUCCUCUCACACAAAGAUAAUUGUACAUAAUUUAUUACUGAAUAAUGAUAGAAAACUAAAUUGAAAAAGAUGAAAUCUUAUGUUUAAAAAGCACUGUCAAAAUGAGAAUAUUCUUUUUGUUUGUACUGUAUAAAUGCUUGUGUGCAAUUAAAGCCUGGCGGCUGGUUCAGACGGA